AUUUGAUAAUCUUGGAAUAUUAAUGUUCCAAAUUCGAAUAUUAUGAUUGCAGUAAACGUGUAUAGUGCAAAGUGUGUGAGCCAAUUCCGCAAAUCUCCGCCACACUCCAUUCCCAACUCUCGACCUAACCGCCUGCUCUACACAAACACAAGCCUCAAACGUUUUCCACCGUUUUCCACUACCGUUUUCGCCGGCGAUCGCAUGGCCAGCUCGGGAUCAAGUGCCUCUGUUUUAGGUACUUUUGAUUGUACUGAGAAUGGUGGAACGAUCGAGUGUGUUAGCCCUAAAUAUGCAGAAAUAAUUGUAAUUCGUCACGGCGAAACGGAGUGGAAUACUGAUCGCAGAAUCCAGGGGCACCUGGAUGUGGACUUAAAUGAUGUUGGGCGACAGCAGGCCUUUGCAGUGGCUGACCGGAUUUCAAAGGAGCCCAAAAUCUCUGCAGUAUAUUCAUCAGACUUAAAACGAGCAUUUUGCACUGCCGAGAUAAUAGCAAAAGGCUGUGGGGUAACUGAGGUUGCUAAAGAAGCAGACUUGAGGGAGAGACAUCUUGGAGACCUUCAAGGGGUUGUCUUUCAUGAAGCUCAGAGAGUCAAACCAGAAGCUCAUAAAGCAUUUGUUUCUUCCCAUGAAGAUCAAGAAAUUCCAGGUGGUGGAGAGAGUUUCAAUCAACUAUACAAACGUAGCACUUUGGCUUUGCAAAGGAUAGCGAAGAAACACCAAGGUGAGAGAGUGGUUGUAGUGUCACACGGCGGUACCAUCAGAGCACUUCACAAACGGGCUUCUCCACAUCAGCGGUGUGGGAAGGUUCUCAACACUUCCGUCAACAUAUUUCACCUCUCUGAGGAUGGGAAAUGGUGCAUUAAGUCAUGGGGCGAUGUGAGUCACCUCAACCAAACCAGCUUUCUGGAUUCGGGCUUUGGCGGAGAUCGGAACUCUGGCUAAGGUACUAGAUUUCUCAUAGUGAGGGAGAGACUGAGUCAUACUAAUAUUUUUUGUCAAAACAUUAUGACGUUCUGUAUUUUUUUUUGAGUAAAGGCCAAAAGUGGUCCCUAACAUAUGGCCGUUUUAUCAAUUUGGUCCUUAACAUUAUCUUUUUGAUUAUUUGGUCCCUCACAAAUGAAUUUUGACCCGAAUCGGUCCCCCAAUUAACAGAUUCGUUAAAAAAUAGACGGUGAUUGCAAAUUUGACUAAAUUAAAUUACUAAUUGUAAUUAAUUACACUUAAUUAAAAUUCUUAAUCUUAACAAAAUUAAACACGCAGCAUCCCUGACCAAAUCGGCGACGUUCGCCUGCAUCAAGCUGAUCCGAUCGAGAUGUUUCAUUUGGGGGAAUUUGGGGAAAGGGGAAGCACCGCCCACGGCGGUGGGCGCUCACCGACCAAAUUAACUACAAUUAGUAAUUUAAUUUAGUCAAGUUUGCAAUCACCGUCUAUUUUUUAACGGAUCUGUUAAUAAGGGACCGAUUCGGGUCAGAAUUCAUUUGUGAGGGACCAAAUAAUCAAAAAGAUAAUGUUAAGGACCAAAUUGAUAAAACAACCAUAUGUUAGGGACCACUUUUGGCCUUUAUUCUUUUUUUUUUUUGACAAUAUGCAAUAAAAAAAACAUGCACCUCUUAUUUUUCUCGAUCUGAGAAAAUGUUAAUCCUAUCUUAUGUUACGGAUCAUUGAUAAGAGUUCAAUAUAUUACCAAUUAAUUAUA